AUGGACGGGGUCGGGAAGCAAUUAGAUGCGAACGAAUCGAGCAACGCUAAUGCGAGCUUGAGUGCGAAAGUGGAGGAUAAUGGCGAUGGGCUCAUCCAUCACGAACACGACGGGCACGACCACAAUCUCGAACAACACCACCAUCACGAUCAUCAGCACGAGCACCUGCACCAUCACGAUCACGGCCACGAGCAUCACCACCACGGAGACGAUGAAGAAGAGCACACACAGCAGCACCUCGAACAUCAUCAUCACCACCACCACCAUCACCAGAGCGCAGAGGAAGCCGCCGCCGAGGCGCACCAUCAUCAAGUCGCCGAUUUGCAGCACGGGGCCUACGGGGGUUUGAGCAAUGACCAGCUGCAGGCCAUCAACUCGGCCAGCUCGUCCGUGGCCCAGGCCCAUGCCCUGCAGCACCAUAUCCAGCAGCAGCUGCAGCACCAGCUGCAUGGCCCGUUCCCGUUCGCCUACCAGACUCUACCGCCACUGCCGCCCCCGGGCAGCGUCGCGGGGGGCAUGGGCGUCGUCGGCCUGCCGGCCCACCUCGUCAACGGCGGUGGCAGCGGCAUCGGCAACGGAGGAGGCGGAGGAGCCAUGCCGGCCCACCUCGUCAACGGCGGCAACGUCGCGGGAGGAGGCAUGCCAGCACACCUCGUCAACGGCGGCAUCGAGGACGCGCAGCAGGUAAAGGCCCGGCCCAAGCGAAAGCAGGUCAAGAGCGCCUGCCUCAACUGCCGAAAACGGAAGACCGGAUGCGAUGCCUUCCGGCCAUGCACCAAGUGCGUACGGAAUGGACUUGAAUCGACGUGCAUGGACGUGCCACGAAAGAAGCGAUCGUCGAAUCGCGCCAAGACCAACGCUACGGUCACUCCUCUCUCCGCCGACUCUUCACCUUCUCCCUCCUCAUCUCCUGCUCUCGGCGGUGUUGCUCCGUCAUCCGUUCCGACUUUUGCCUCUCCUCUGUCGUCUCAACUUCAAUACAUGAGCGCCGUCAACCUGGGACAGGCGAACGGUACUCAAAUCUCGAUGACGUGGGAAGAGAUUACGAAGCACGUCGCAUCAGCCCAGAACAACGGUGGUAACAUCUCGCUGGUACCGCCAGAGCUCGCCUGGAAGGGCAACGAAGGUCUCCUGCAGCCCGGAUCGAUGACGCCAGCAGAACAAUCGAAGUAA